AUGCCCAUACGGUCGUGCAAGGCCACACCAUUUCCCCUUGCAACACCGAGCUGGCCUCGUGAUGACCAGAACCGUCUGGUCUUACUUCGGAUACCUCCGCAGGUGGACUUGAAAAGCCCGUCCGACAACAUAAUAGAGCAUACCAACAACUUCAACGAUGAUCCCAUCCCAGCAGAUACCCUCCCCACCAACUCUCCCUCCCCGCCUCGCCCUCGCAAGCCGACAAACAUAACCAGCCUACCCACCGAAAUCAUUCACGAGAUCGCCAAUAUCCUCCAUCCCGUCGACCGUGUCUGUCUCGCGCUGGCAUGCAAGCCCUUGGCCUCUUCCGUCCUGUCGGCUCCCCGCCUCUGUCCCACGUCCUGGUCACGCUUCUCCGACCGACGGUACGACUGGUUUCUACCUGAAUCUUACAGCCUGACCAUUCGCCUAGCCCAUGGCUGGAUCCCCAAGGACAAGUUGCGGUAUUGCUGGAAUUGUCGCAGAAUCCUCCCCAGAGACGAGCAAUAUUUCCGCAAGAGGCUGCGCUGCAAGAAGAAUCCCAAGUGGGAUCUGAAGCUACAUUUGCCCAAGGAGCGCUGGGACGCCAUGAGCAAGAAAGACAGAUACCAGUACAUAAUUGAGACCUGGUGUCAGUCCCCUUCCGAGGACAGCAGCUGUCUGUAUUGCGACCACUGCCGUCCGCAUCUCAAGACACAAAAUCCCGAGCUUCAGUAUCCGGUUCAGUGUCCCAUCUGUCUGGAGAGAGAGUUGACGAUUUACUGGCGUCCGCCCCGCAAACCCUGGUUUAGAAAGAAGUUAAUCAAAUGCGUCAAGUGCGUUUGGGCUCCCAUUGAGCUGGUUGCCUAUCUUUUACUCACGUGUUGCGUGUUCGGUGUGAGGAUUGUGUACAACUCAGGCCGGAUGUGUUGGAGGACGCUGUGUUGA